ACACGGCUGUGUUUACGUGGCUGUCCGUGGCCAGUGUUCGCGCCGAGAGUCGCGUCGAUAGUCGCGCGCAUUCCGUUGCCAGCCGUCGCCAAAUCGCAUUACAGACGAGAAACCGGUUCCGUUGCAGCUAAAGCUAUAUAGACGACGACAAACAUGUACGCUGGUGGAGGCGCAGCGCGACUGUUGCUGGUGGCCGCGUUUGCGGYGGCAGUGGCGGACGACGUGCGACGGCCGCGGAGCAAGCCGACCAGGGUUUACCGGCCGAACAAGGACGCGGUGCAGCUGCUCGAGCAUGUGAUGAUGUACGAGGAACAGUGGACGGACAUACUAGAUGAACACAUCUUGCUGCUGGGUGAUCCACCUCACCAAGGAAGAAUGUUGGACGCGCCCCURUUGGGGCCAAUGCAGGAUAUCGACGCCAUAAAAAAAGGCGAGGUGCCCAUAUACGAUGUCCGCAAAAUCUUGACCACCAUAACCAACCAUUACAGCGCCAUCCGGUCGUUCGUCGAGUACGGCGCCAAGGCAGUGCGCGGUGCGCUGGCUUGCUACACGUUCAAGCAAGUUUUUUUCCAGUGGAAGGGCAUAAGACAGUUGAUCGACGAUGAAGCCGAUCCAAUCUUAAUYGAGGGUAUUGCUGACACGAUGAAAAAGAAUACGUCCAAGUACAUUGACUUGCUGUCCACCGUGGCCGACGACGAUUUGACCAUAAUAUUGGACGUCUACUGGAGGAGCAUCGAGCUUUUGCAGUAUAACGGGGUUCAGCACAUAAACAGAUAUAAAUACCCGAGUUAUUUGAAAGAGUCCACGAAGGAACUUCUGGGUAGUAUCUCCGAUUUUAUGAUCUCAAACUGUCUCACAUACUCGACCGAAGAGGAGUUCUAUCGGAGAACAGGCGUGCCGAAGAAAACCCCGAUGCUAAUGGACCCAUAUCUCGAACCGAUAAUCGCUUCAAACACUAUGGCCGAAAUGAUCAUCGAACAAGCAGAGCACAUGAUCCUGAACGCCCAACACCUGAACAUCGUCACCAUGACAGACAACACGUGGUCGUCGCUGUUCUUCUACCGCGAUCGACCGCGGACGGACAGCACUAAGACACAAGAACAAAUUGAACGCCCUCAUGAUGUUGUGCACUUUAAACUGUACUUACAUACAAAAUAUGUGUAA